AUGGGCGAGCAUCCAAUAAGAAUAAUCUUGUCAGGUAAUCGAGACACGGAAGAGCAAGCGGAGGAUGUGAGGGCGAAGAGAAGACGGAGGGAAGACAAGAAGAAAAGUUACAAAAUUUGCAGCAAAAAGAGUGACAGUGAGAGUGAAGGGAGUUCCGCUGAAGGAGUGCCACCGUCAUCAUCAUCGUCAUCUCGACGACACCCGUCACUUGUCGUGGUAUCGUCGCUCGGGUUCUUGAGGGUGUCCUCGCCCUCGAGCCUCCUGGCUGGGCUGCUCCUCGUUAGUCUACUGGUGAGUCACUUCAGGGCAACUUUGGCGGUGCCCACGAGAAUGGAGCACCAGCAGAGCCACCGUCACCAAUACCGUCAUCAACCUGAGAGCCUCGAGGCUCACGAGCCGCCCAAAGAGGGGACCGGAGACAAUGCUGGGCUUCGUGAUGAUGACGAUGAUGAGCUUGAGACCUUGAGGAGAAGCAUCGUGGAGGGUCUCGGUCUCAAGAGGAUACCCGAUCCUUCAAAGGCUAACGUGAGUCAGACCGAGUACGAGAGAGCCCACGGAGAGUACCUGACCAGGCUGCAAAUGUCCAGAGCACCUGGUGACAGAAGACGUAAGAGACUUCACACUUUUAAUGCAACAGAAGUGCCGAGUCGAGUAAAAAGACAAGCGAUAGAAAACGAGCACCACCACCUGUUCUUCCCAGUGGAGAUGCCAGUGGACAGCGAAGUAGAGCACGCGAACUUGAGGCUGUUCCUGACGACAGACCUUGAAGAAGCGCCAAUAGAAGUAUCAAUUUACAGACUGACUAACUCCUCGCGACACUUGGUGACCCGAGAAACAAUCCAAAGACUCUCGGGCCCGCGGUGGAUCGAGCUGGACACCACGGAGGCUGCUGCUUACUGGCACGAAGCUCUGGAGGACAAUUUGGGCCUGGAGCUGCGCUUGGAGAGUCAUGUUAGGAGCAACAUCGUCUUUUCUCACCCAGUUUUUAACGUGUUCACAACGAGCCACAGCUCGCGAAGACGCCGGUCGGCUCACGAGCAGCUGAUGUCGCUUCACAAGGGUCGUAGGACAGAAUGCCGUGAUAAUAACAAAAAGUGCUGCCGCCAUGAGAUGACGGUGAUCUUCAAAGACAUAAAAGGGUUUGAGUUCAUAGUUCAGCCGAAAAAUUUUGACGCUGGGUACUGCAAAGGACGGUGUCCUCCUCGGUACAAUCCUGCGCACCACCAUGCGCUUCUUCAAAGCUUGAUCUGGAAAGAGGACAAGCGUAAAGCGCCCAGACCCUGUUGCGCGCCCAGCAAACUUGCCGAGCUUGAGAUUCUUUAUUUUGACGAAAACGAUCCUACCAAGCUUAAAGUCUCCAGCUGGAAAAAUAUGAGGGUUCUUGAGUGUGCGUGUUCUUAA